CGUGGCACUGGUAAUGGUGGAGGAGAACUCGUGCUUACUACUACUUACGACAGGGCCAAGUCUACUUUGUACGGAUUCAUCCAAGAUCUUACAUGACUUUCUGAAACAUCGGAGUUGCUUGUGCUAUCCUUUCGGAUUAUGAUGAACUACGUGUGCCAGCAAUGCAAAGAACCGCUGCAGCUCGAUGCGUCUCUGGUGGAGCUCUCCCCUUCUCAAUACGACAUGAUUGCUACAUCUCUCCCGCCCUCACCAUCCCCACGAGUGAAUCACAUAUCCGAGGUUGAACAGCCUACUCCGCAACGCCCACCAUCGACUAGUUCUAAAGCAGCAUGGAGGCACGCAAACAACCCAGAAAACGUCAGACAUACUGCGUUAGUACAUGGAAAACAGCUGCAGCGCAGCUAUCCAGCUCCGAACGAAUCUUUUGUGCUCUUACAAGACAGUGUUAUCCACAAUAUGCCAUCCCAGUUGCCCUCCGUCGGGUUUGCCGAGGUAAUCACUAAUACCGGUCACCCUGAGCAUACGACAAAGGGUGGCGCUACAUCUGCGGCACUUCCACAGCCAGAACCUGAUUAUCCGAAUCCAACGCCGAUAUCCCAUCACCUGCGCUCCACCAUGCGGUUGUUUAAUUUACUAUCCAGUCGGACUGAUAUCGAUCAUCCUCUAUGCGCAGAAUGCACUCAGAUCCUGUUGUCUUCCUUGCAGAGAAAGCUUGACGAAACGAAAAAGGAACGUGACGGUUACCUCGCUUUUGACAGAGAGGUAAGAAAGGAGAAAGAACGUGAAUGCCAGGAAAUGAACCGCGAUGAAGGGGCUAUCCUCGACCAGUUGAAGUUCGUCGAGAGAGAGAGGGACCAGCUUGACGAAGAGCUUCGAGCACUGGAGUUGGAGGAGAGAACACUUCUCGAGGAAGAAGCCGAGUUUUGGCGUUCGCGAAAUGAUCAACAGCUGGCUUCAGCAAACCAGACAUCGCUCCUCGUGUCCUUGCGAGCAGCUUACGCCGCUGACUACGCAACUUAUGAGAAGCUUGAACGCACUAACGUUUACAACGACGCAUUUUGCAUUGGCCAUGACGGUGUUUUCGGUACUAUAAACGGACUGCGCUUGGGCCGUGUACCAGGGGUUCCCGUUGAGUGGUCCGAGAUCAACGCAGCUUGGGGCCAGACGCUUUUGCUACUAUACACAAUUGCCCGAAAACUUGACCUUACUUUUGAGAACUACCGAUUGGUUCCCAUGGGCUCGUUUUCGCGUAUCGAACGGACAUUGGGUGAUAAAGCCACGUAUGAGUUGUACGGUUCAGGUGACUUGCACUUUGGGCGGCUUCUUCACAAUCGCCGCUUUGAUUUUGCGAUGGUGGCAUUCUUGGAAUGCCUAAAACAGUUGAUGGAUUACGUGAAGUCCCAAGACUCAAAUAUCGAGUUUCCACACCAGAUCAUCAAGGACAAGAUAGGGGAAGCACCAAUCAAACUUCAGUUUAGUCAAGAGGAGUCUUGGACCCGUGCAUUGAGGCAUGUCUUGCUGGCGCUCAAGAUAAUACUAAAGUGGACAACGAAUGGAGGAAAUGGUUGACCUUGCCUCUGUAAAUUUGGGCAAGCAGUUGUAUUGUCUGUUCCAGUUUUAUAUCUGGUUCUCGAUCAAGCUAUGAGGUCUAUUGGCAGGAUAGGCAUUCUUCCACCUGUCUGACGCAGUUCGGGUCUGAAGCGAGCUUUGCCCUCCUCGCUGGUUGAACUAUAGAGGAACGUCUGUGUACUGUCUCCAGAUAAUUGGCUCAGCAAUGUUUGUGAUGUUUGUGGCUC